AAUGCACCCCUACAAUCCAGCAAACACAUGUGCCAACUGCGAACAUCAGGAAAAUAUGUGAUUCCGCAAGAAGUCAGUUGGCGGGCGACGUCGAUGACAGAACCAGGAACGUACCUGCUGGCUCACUACCUCAUAGGUCCAUCAGAUUCUUUGCUCUCCGUCAGUGUGGUGGUUUCUGUCAACUCCAAUCUCCGUUUACUUCAAAUUCCGCCACUUCAUAUUCGACGUACUCGGCCAACUUAAAGCCACUCACACUGAUUUAUCAGGGAUAUUUCAGAGUUAGAUAUUAUCCUCUGGAUCCAACAAGUAUCACAGACGAACAGACUCGGUACCAGAUAUUUAUCCAAGUUCGCUCCCAUGUGCUAUCUGGAAAACUGCGCGUGGACGAAGAUCUGUUCGUCACUCUUUGUGGACUGAUCCUUCAGUCUGACUGUGGCGACUACGGAGAUGACAAAUUGGGUAGCGGUUACGUGCGGCGGAUGUUAGGAUUACCAAACUUGUGUCCAACCCUGGAGGCGAGAAUUAGAGCAAAGCACUUGGAAUACAGAUCAAGGCAACCCGCGCUAGUGGAAUACCAAUUUCUUCACUUAAUCAAGCACUGUUACUCGUAUGGUCAAGUGAAAUACGCCGUUAAAGAGGCUGUCACCGACAAACAUUGUUUAUUGGGUGUGGGUCCCAUUGGUCUGACGAUCGAGGAAGCUCAACGAUGUACAAUUCGGUUCUCCUGGUCACAAAUCGCAGGCUUUUCGCAGAAAAACAAGCGUCUUCUUCUACAUGUCUCAGAUCAGGGUGAAAAAUUUACUUACAGCUACGGGUUAGAAACCAGGAGAAAAUGUCGUCAUCUUCUGAAGGAAUGUAAAUGGUGUUUCAGUUUCUAUAAAACGGAAUUAUUCAAUUCAUCCAACUUUCCGCCGCACCAGGGUUUAACCGAAAACGGUCCAAGCAAUUUUGGAGCCAUCCGCGCAAACACACUUGAUACAUAUAAGGCACCCACGAGCCCAUUUAACUACAUGUCCCAGACAAUGGAGCGUCCUCAUGUUCCUGCCUAUGACUGCACUCAAAGCGUGGACGCACACCAUUUCGAUCACUCUGAUGAUGGAGUGAACCCAGUUGGAGUUCAGUUGGCUCAUUCACAACGCAUCCUGAACGAUUUACCGCCUAAUCCAUAUCAUGUGCCUUCCGCUGCGGUAGUCUGUAACCCAACAGCCGGCAUUGCACCCAGGGAACUUUGUGAUGGCCAAAGCACCGCUUACUACUCAGUUCGAACUGACCCCGUAGUUUAUCGUCGACGUUUAAAGCAAAGAACUAGUCGGGGAGAACAGCCACACCAUCAACACCUUUUCCAUCGGCGAUCCACCAGCGACAACCGGCUAUAUUCGCGAGGCAGACUCAGCCGGCGGAACUUUCCGACGGCCAAACACUACCUAAUUGAACAGCCCAUUUCCGUUGCACCGGAGGUCAAGACCCUUACCCUAUCAACUGCGAUGCCUCACACUCCCGACGCAUACACACACAGGAAGCACUACAUUUUGCAUCACCUUACCAACUGCCAACAUAAUGAAUGUUCUUUGGUUGCUCAUCGUGAAAAUCCCCACAAGUGGUUUGAAGCAGGAAACACGUCUCAUCCUCAGCGCCUUCAAAUGUCAAUAAAGAGAAAUGAGAGCAUAAGUGGGAGCAUGAAGCAACCAGCCAACCUUGUGGAAGUUGGUCAACCAGUUGGAAGGGCCAACCCAAGAUGGCAUGCUCUGCAAUUGAACCUGCAUUCUGAAAAGUAUUCCAUACACGAACCACAAAUGCAAUAUAUUCAAUACGGGCAUAUACCGAACAAGGUAACUCACCCCCGGACCACAAAGCAAUCACAAUGGGACCCCCUUCAAUCUGUCAGUAUUACUUCUACAAAGAGCACCGCACCCAAUGAAUCGCAGAUAUUACAACCGCGUCAAUUUCUCUUCCCUUUGGAUGGUACGGCUUCUGGCGUAGCUACUCCAGUCGGCGUCACUGUCAAGAAACAUAUGACGGAUUUCCACCACAGGAUUUUACGUUGCACACCAUCAAAUGCCUGUGCUCUCGAUGCAUUUGAUGAAAGUCAACCACCUUCGCUCCUUAGAAACUCUACACAAAACUCAGAAGAGUUGAAGGCAGACCCCAUGAACCUUUGCGUAACCGCAGGAAGCUCUGUUGUGAGAAAAGUUACCAGUCCUUCGAACAGUAUUUGGGAGCCUCAGCAGAAUUCUCACCUACUGAAGACACCUCCGUGCUUGGUCUACCAGGACUGCCAUAUGGAAAAAGCUUUGUUUCGUACACCCAAACGGAUAUCGGAAACCACCUACGCAAGUAUUCUUGCCUGCGACAACACAUGCACUAGUUAUGAGCAAACCAAAAACUGUUCACUUACUAAACAUGGUUACAGUCAACGAUCUCGUUUUCAAGAUCUGUCUUUGGCGUCAGCAAACAAGAUGUGGCCCCAAACAGCCGCAAAUAUGAAUCCGUCUUCGCUAAACCCUGGACAAAGUGGAAGAAGCAACUGUCCUGGCUUUUAUGAUACUUUAUCCGUGACUUCACCUUCGCAGGUUAACUUUUCCCUGCCGCAACCGCAAGAGCAGCUAGCAUCCGUUGCACUGUCCGUGGCCUCGCUUGACAGUGGUCAGUUUGACGAGGUCUUUGACACAACGGACGAAGAGAAUGUGAACGGAAUUUAGCCCAUUUUUUAUAACUAAACUGUUCAUUACCACAUGACAAGUAUUCUGUGCAAAUUAGUUUCUCCUUGGAGCCUAGCUAAAGUAAAUAACUUUAUGCGGAUUUUGUUUUGUAUUCAAAUACACAAUCCCACUCAUCCAAUUCAGAAGAAGUACAUUACGCAUUACUUCUUUAAUAUGCCUGAAAUGUUAGUUCCGAAACCGUUGGAUCAUAUUGCACAAACUGCCAGGAUAAUAAAAUUCAUGUAAAUGGUUUGGUGGUUCUUAAAAAUAUAAUCACUUUUGUAUGGAUC